AUGGACGCCCCAGAAGCAGUCGGGCCACCGGUCAAGUCCCUCUCUCACAUCUUCCGCCGGAACCAACUCAGGAUUCAAUCCCCCGGCCCUUGGAGUCCGAAGAAAUGGCCGCCAAAAAGCCCCUUGGGGAUGUACGAGUUCUCAACGACAUCAGCGAGAGACAAAGAGGAAGGCAUCAGCGAAUUCACCACCAAAGGAGGGCAAGACAAGGACAACAACGCCGGACCAACAAUAUGGGGCUUUCGUCGACCAACCUUCUUCCUGAGUGUAGCACUAGCGGUGGUGAUGCUCAUCUCCAUAAUCGUCGGCGGAGUAGCAGGGACAACAGCAGUGGCCAACGCACGGAGUGAAUCUUCCCUCUGUCCCCUCCCCACAACAGUAAACAUCACCUCUCCUCCCUCCCCAACCCAAACCACCGGCCCCGAAGCCAUCACCGUCCCCCGCCUCGGCCUUCUUGAUUUCGACUGCGGCCGCAUAGCCAUCUCUCGGCAGAUCAUCACCCUGGGCACAAACAGCUGGUCGUUCGACGUGAACUGCAUGAUGGACUUCAAGGGAGUAGGCGUGGAUUUGACAGGGAUGACAAGCUACACCUUUGAAGACUGUAUAAAGGCUUGCGCGAUCUACAAUAACAUAGCACGGAACAACACGUGUGUUGGAGUGGGGUUUAGUGCAAACCUGACGACGAUAUUACCCAAGGUGGGAGGAAAUUGCUGGUUGAAGGGGUAUUUACCGGAGAUGAGCCCCGAGAUGAACUUGGGGGCUGUGGCGGUGGUGGUUAGUGGGCCUAAGUUUAUGGUUGAGGGGUGA